UUAAUCUUUAGUUUUUGCAGUGACAACUGGGCUGGCUCAUUCCAGCAGGUGACUGUUGUGCUAUUGUACAGCCCCUCGGAGAGCUUUUCAACUCAGGUACAGACAUUGCCGCAACUGGUUCAGCAUUUAUUUUGACAAAAAGAUUCUGGAAGAUGCAUAAACAAUAUACAUCGGUGAGCCCCACUGAUGACGUCAGUGUAAAGACUGAGAAUAGACCCCAACCAAAGAAAUACCGCUAUGUACGCAAAGAAGGCAGCUGUAACGUUGUGUUCCGCCAUGUUCCCGAGGAGUGGCUGCUGUUUGUGACCGACAUCUUCACCACCUUGGUGGAGAUCAGAUGGAGGGUGAUGUUCCUGAUCUUCGCCCUGUCUUACAUCCUGUCCUGGCUCUUCUUCGGCAUCCUCUACUGGGUCAUCGCUCUUGUUCACGGUGACAUCAAAGAACACACAAAUGACAUCUGUGUGUACGAGGUGCGCAGUUUCACAGCUGCUUUCCUCUUCUCACUUGAAACUCAAACCACCAUUGGCUACGGUUUCAGAGGAAUGUCCGAGAACUGCAUGAUUGCCAUUAUCAUCGUCACUGUACAAGAUGUCAUCAGCUGCUUCAUCGACACGUUCGUCAUCGGAAUUGUUGUUGCCAAAAUGGCCUCGGCCAGAAAGAGGGCGCAGACGGUGGGCUUCAGCAACUGCGCCGUCAUCAAUCUUCGUGAUGGUUACUUGUGUCUUUCCUGGAGGGUCGGGGACUUCCGCAGGCACCACCUGGUGGAGGGGACAGCUCGCGCUCAAAUUGUCCGCUCCAAGGUGCAUGCCACAGGGAAAAUGGACGUGACCUAUGAAGAUCUGGUCAUCCAGCAGAGGGACAUCGUCCUGGUCACACCUACCAUCAUCUUCCACAGGAUCGAACCCGGCAGCCCUCUGUACAAAAUGAGUUUGGUAGAUCUGCGGAAAGCGGACUUUGAGCUGGUGGUGUCUUUUACCUACACUGACGACUCCACAGGUAUGCUGCAUCAGACCCGAACCUCGUACACUCCAGCUGAAAUCCUCUGGGGUCAGCUGUUCCAGGAGAUGAUCAGGGUCAGCAGGAGCCACUACAGGGUGGAUUACAUCUUGUUCAAUCACACCGCUAAGGUGCUUGUGCCAGAGGUCAGUGCUGAGGAGUACGAACACAAGAAGCAGCUGCGGCCCUCUCCCCGACAUUCACCGAGAUCUUCCCCGUGCCCCUCUCCAAGGUCACAGCAGCAAAAUCAUCACGAAAAACGUCUGAAACCCCCAACGGUAACUGUGGAACUUGUGAAUGAUAGUUGCCCUGAACCAACUGUUUCAACAUCUCAAGCAGACAGUCAACAUCAAGACACUUUGACUCUGCCAAGUGACCUCAUAACUCAAGAAAUAUAAAAGAACAGUUAUUACUUCAGACAGCCACCUUUUAAGCCUACAGGUUGUCAGGAUUUCAUGCACAAAAAAUAAAUACUUGGUGGAGUGUCACUUUAAACAUUUAAAAGCAAUAACAUAGAAAGAAUACAAAAUCUAUAAUGUACAGAGGCUUGUUAUUUGAAAUAUAGAUAUGUUUUAGUUGGUUAAGUAAGUCUUUAUAGGGUUAUUGUAAUAUUCAGAUUAAGGUUAUUGUAGACUUGAUAAAACGAAAGACUAGAUGCAUAUUUUAAAAAAUGUAAAAUGUUUUUAUACUUUAUAUGGACUUGUGGUGAAAAUGUUUUGUUACCUGCUGUUUCCAAGGUCAAGAAUGAGCUUUCAGUGUCAACAUUUAAGCCAACAUUGAUGAAAAGUCCUUAAAAUACUCAGAAAAAUGAAAAUUUGAACAUCUACAAUUCCAAAACAACAGGGCAGUCUGCUGAGGAAGAUCAUGUGAUACAAUCAGAAGCUGCAGAACAGCUACUAAACGUGUGGUGAGAUUAUUUUGUAAACUGUUCUUAUAUUCUUUUCAAAGUGUAAAAAAAAAAAAUUAUGUGAAAAGAAAAUACAAUUAGACCACAACUUUAGAGUGUGUAUGUAACUUCUGUUAAAAGAAGGUCUCUACAUUUCAUCCUUCAUAUUACAUGACUGAGUCAUAUUUUAGUCACUUAUGAUAGUAAAAAAAAAUGAAAUUAUGGGGGCGACUACAGACCGUCCCUUAUCAGAAUCAGAAAUACUUUAUUGAUCCCCGAAGGGAAACUGUGAGUAAAGUCACCAGCGUUAAUAUGAAACACGCAUAAAAUGUUAAGUUUUCUUUGUUUGUGGUAGUGGAAUCCCAUUUGUUUAGUAUGGCAAGCUAUUCAAAACCGGUUCAUCAAACCAUCUCUUAUUAUCUUAGAUUUUUGGAAAUGACAACUAAUAUUUUACAUCUUCAAAUGUUUUAUGAACAUGAAGAAUAAGAGGAUCUGUUGUAACAGACUGACCAAAUGUAUUUCUAAUUUUGCUGAUAUGGUAUCAUCAAGCAGAUGUUAUAAAAUAUUAAAAACAACAGCAAUCUCUUAUAAGACAAUACCAGUGUCAACAAUUUCAAUAAAGUGACGUUUAAAUGUC